AUGGCCACUUCGUCCGAGCAGGCAGUCGGCGGCCGGCCUCGAGGCCCAUCGAUCUCUAUCCCUCCGAUCGAGCCCUCGGCGUACCCCUCCGCCGUCGUCGUCGUCACCCAGGCUGCCUCCUUUCCGGGCCUCCACGUCGUCCGCGAGCUCCUGAGCCUCAAGGCCCACGUGCGCGCGGUCGUCGCUAGCCAGGACGAGGCAAACGACGUCGCCGAUGCCUUUGUCGGCAUGGGCCAGGCCCUCCGCAUCCUCCUCGUGCCCGACCCUUGGGUGCCAGGCCGCUUCGACGACAUCAUCAAGGGCUCGUCGCACCUCGUGCACUUUGUCUCGCCCAGAGAGUGCAGCUACCACGGCAACGCAGAGCUCGACAUGCUCACGCCGGCGGUCGAGGGAUCCUGCAGUAUCCUCCAGUCUGCCAUCAGGGCAGGCGGGCUCGAGUGGGUCGCCCUCGUCUCGUCGGUCACUGCACUCGGCGACUACAGGCUGUCGCCGACCGAGCUCAACUACAACGACCUCACCCGACAGGCAGCCGGCAAGGUCCGAGGCGCCGGGGAGGCGCACAUGCUCUUUGCGGCGUGCAACGCGAUGGCGGAGCAGGCCUGCUGGCAGAUCUGGGAGACGCACAGGCUACAGAGCGACAAGCCCGAUGUUUUCGGCAUGACCUCGCUGCUGCCCGUCAACAUCUGCGGUCCCGAGGUGGUGCCUCGCGCGAUGCGCGACGACAAUCUCAAGUUGUUCCACGCCGUCCAGGGCCGCUACAUGGGCGGCGAAGACCGCGGCUUCUGGGUCGACGUGCGCGACGUAGCCAUGGCGGCGUGCGAGGCGCUCUUUGGCGACAUUUCGGCCACCAAUGGCAGGCGCUACAUCCUCUCGGCCGGUCAGGCGUGGCUGCCCGAGCUCGGCGCCAUGAUUCGGAUGGAGAAGGGCAUACCGCUGCCAGACAUCGAUAUCUCGCUCGCCUCUUCGUCGCUGCGCACCUCCGCUUCGACGUUGUCGGCCGCUCCCGGCUCCGACACGCACGCCACGUCAUCCGAGCCGGCCACGCCGACCGACCCGCACACGUUGCACAACCUCGACGUCGGACCGAGCAUCCACGAUCUCGAGGUCGUCUAUGGCAGCCUCGACUUUGCCGUGCGCGACACGUUUGACCAGCUGCGAGGCACCGAGUGGGGUGAGCGGCUUGGCAUCGUCGAUCGGCGUGGCGGAAAUGGCCGCAACAAUCGCAGCAGCAUGCCGACAGAGGGCGAGGGCCGCCCCUGA